GGGCCUCGGAGGGGCGGGGCUCCACCGAGUUCCGGAGUCGAGUCGCUGCCUGGGCCGAAGCGGAGAUGCAGCCGCCGCCCCGAAAAGUGAAGCCGGCCCAGGAGGUGAAGCUCCGUUUCCUGGAGCAGCUGAACAUACUCCAGACCCGGCAGCAGAGAGAGGCGGAGCUGCUGGAAGACAUCAGAUCCUACAGCAAGCAGAGGGCAGCCAUUGAACGGGAGUAUGGGCAGGCACUCCAGAAAUUGGCUGGGCCAUUCCUGAAGAGAGAAGGGCACCGGAGUGGGGAGAUAGACAGCAGGAUGGUGUUUGGUGCCUGGCGCUGCCUGCUGGAUGCCACCGUGGCUGGGGGCCAAGCCCGGCUCCAGGCGUCUGACCGGUACCGUGACCUGGCAGGGGGCACAGGGCGGAGUGCCAAGGAGCAGAUGCUUAGAAAGGGAGCAGAGAGCCUCCAGAGGGCCCAGGCUGAUGUGCUGCAGUCUGUCCGGGAGCUGAGCCGAAGUCGGAAGCUGUAUGGGCAGCGGGAACGUGUGUGGGCCUUGGCACAGGAGAAGGCGGCUGAUGUCCAAGCCAGGCUGAACCGAAGUGACCAUGGGCUGUUCCACACUCGGACCAGUCUCCAGAAACUCAGCACCAAGCUGUCCGUCCAAUCGGUCCAGUAUUCCCAACAGCUGAGAGCAGCCCGAAAUGAGUACCUGCUCAACUUGGUGGCCACCAAUGCCCACCUUGACCACUACUACCAGGAGGAACUGCCAGCCCUUCUCAAGGCCCUGGUCAGCGAGCUGUUGGAACACUUGAGGGACCCCCUGACCUUACUGAGCCUCACUGAGCUGGAAGCUGCAGAGAUGGCCUUGCAGCAUGCCCACCGGGGGGGCCAGGCAACCUCCCAGGUAAGCUGGGAGCAGGAUCUGAAGCUCUUUCUUCAGGGGCCUGGAGCGUUUUCCCCCACACCACCUCAGCAGUUUCAGCCAGCAGGGACUGACCAGGUGUGUGCCCUGGAGCUGGAAGGGGAUGCAGGAGGCGUCACUGGGGAGAGUGGCCUGGAGAAAGAGGUUCAGCGCUGGACGAGUCGAGCUGCCCGAGACUACAAGAUCCAGAACCAUGGGCAUCGGGUGCUGCAGCGGCUGGAGCAGAGGCGGCAGCAGGCUCCAGAGCGGGAGGUUCCAGGCAUAGAACAGCGGCUGCAGGAAGUGAGGGAAAGCGUAAGGCGGGCACAGGUGAGCCAGGUGAAGGGGGCAGCCCGGUUGGCCCUGCUGCAGGGGGCUGGCCUGGAUGUGCAACACUGGCUGAAGCCAGCCAUGACACAGGCCCAGGACGAGGUGGAGCAGGAGCGACGGCUCAGUGAGGCCCGGCUGUCCCAGAGGGACCUCUCUCCCACGGCUGAGGAUGCUGAGCUCUCUGACUUCGAGGAAUGUGAGGAGACAGGCGAGCUCUUUGAGGAGCCUGCCCCUCCAGCCCUGGCCACCAGGCCCCUCCCCUGUCCUGCCCAUGUGGUGUUUGGCUAUCAGGCAGGGCGUGAGGAUGAGCUGACCAUCACAGAGGGCGAGUGGCUGGAGGUCAUAGAGGAGGGAGAUGCUGAUGAAUGGGUCAAGGCUCGGAACCAACACGGUGCAGUAGGCUUUGUCCCUGAGCAGUAUCUCAACUUCCCGGACCUCUCCUUCCCCAAGAGUGGCCACGACAGUGAUAAUCCCUCUGGGACAGAACCCACAGCAUUCCUAGCCCGUGCCCUGUACAGCUACAUGGGACAGAGUGCAGAGGAGCUGAGCUUCCCCGAGGGGGCGCUCAUCCGCCUGCUCCCCCGGGCCCAGGAUGGAGUGGAUGACGGCUUCUGGAGGGGAGAAUUUGGGGGCCAUGUUGGGGUUUUCCCCUCCCUACUGGUGGAGGAGCUGCUUGGCCCCCCAGGGCCACCUGAACUCUCAGACCCUGAAGAGGUGCUGCCAUCUCCUUCUCCCCCCAGCUUCUCUCCUCCUGCUCCCACCUCCGCUUUGGAUGGACCCCCUGCACCUGUCCUGCCUGUGGCUCCUCUGAUGCCCUCAGGAGCCUCCUCUAUCAGCAUAAUGAAGCGUGAUGAGCCUCCCUCCCUGAUCCUGAAGACUGCUACCAAGAUCUGGAGUGCCCUGGACCCCUGGACAUGAUGGCACCUCGACUCAGGCCGAUGCGUCCACCACCUCCUCCACCAGCUAAGGCCCCGGAUCCUGGCCACCCGGAUCCUCUCACCUGACGCCAGGGGAUCACUGCCCCCCAGUGGUGCUGCUGCCCAUAACUCCACGCUGUCAGAGACUACCCCUUCAAUGACCUGGAGUGACACAGCCAAAAGCUGGAAUCUCCCCCAUUACCGCUCUCACUUCCCAGGAGUAGAAACUUCCCCUCUCCCCAUUUCUGGGACUGGAACUUCCUCUUUUCCCCAUCACCCACUUGCCAUCUCUAGGCCUGAAGUAUCCCCUUUUCUUCUGCCACCACCCCAUCUCUAGGGUGGCUAAAUAUCCUGAAAUCUCUGGGGUUGGAGCCCAUUCAGAAAAGUCUCGAGUGGCUCCAACCCAUUUGUGUCUCCACCCUGACCUACCCCACUCCAGAGGCCGGGUCACGGGUUGGGGGCUGGGACAGGGGCGGUCCUGUUAGAAGGAGCUGAAGCCGGUAUGCGAAGCAGCUGUAAUCGUCUGUGCGGAUUUAUUGACAGUGAAUAAAGGACACGAAGCCCAA